GUGUUGUCAUUUGACAGUUUGUCACUGUUUUCUUGUCUGGAAAUUUUAAAUAAUUUUCUUUAUUACACCUAAAUAAUACCACCUCAUAUUACGUUAAAUCGCAUCCCAAAGCAAAAUGUCAGCACAAAAUUCGCCGGUCAAGGCGUCGAGAUCGCCUAGCGUUAUCGAAACAGCGGAUGACUUCGAUAGCCAGGAUACGUUGUUGAAACACGUUGAUAUUUCGAUAGUUGAGUCAGAAAAGCGCGCUAAUGGGACGUUGCACGUUCGUGAUCAUUACACCGUAUAUCUAAUCGAUCUCAAAGUGACAGACCCCGAUUACAAGCUGGUGCAGUCAAAGAUUAGCACAAUUUGGAGACGGUACACAGAGUUUGAACAGAUUCAUGACUACCUACUCGUAACUUACCCCCAUGUCAUCAUACCACCACUGCCUGAAAAGCGGGUCCUUUACGCUUGGAGGAAGUCAGACACCACGGACCCUGAGUUUGUGGAGCGAAGACGAGCGGGGCUUGAGAACUUCCUGCUGCGGGUCGCGUCCCACCCGCGGCUGUGCUUCGAUGACCAGUUCAUCAACUUCCUACAGCAGGAGCACGGCUGGCGGGAAACUAUUACUGAUAGCGGGUACAUAUUACAAGCAGAAAACAAGAUCAAAUCACUCUCUGUGUCAAUUCGGCUAAAAAAGCCAGAUCCAGAGAUUGAGAGUGUUAAAAACUAUGGGAAACAAUUAGAGACUAAUUUAGGAAACUUUCUUUAUACUAGAUCAAAAAUAAUAGAAAAGAAUUACGCUUUGUGCAAGCUACACGCGAACUACGGCAAAUUGUUCAGUGAAUGGAGUGUUAUUGAGAAGGAGAUGGGCGACGGACUGCAGAAGGCGGGACAUUACUUCGACUCAAUAGCAGACAGCAUAGACUCAGUGGCAGAAGACGAGGAGCAGCUAGCAGACCAGCUGAAGGAGUACUUGUUCUACGCCAGCGCUCUGCAGCAGCUCUGCACCAACCACGAGACCUUGCAGCGGGCACUGGAGAAUGCACAGGAUACGCUCACUAAUAGGGUGUCUGAGCGCAGCCGCGCGGCGGCGGGCAAGUCGGGCAUCAUGUCGCGUCUGUUCGGCACCACCGACCCCGACAUCGUGCGCGACCAGGCCACGAGAGCACUGGACACCAAGAUCCUGGCUGACAAGGAUGCUAUAGAGAAAGCUAAGAGUGAUCUAGAAGAAUUCACCAAGAAGGCGCAGGUAGAGAUAGAAUAUUUCCAAAAACAAAAAGACAAGGAUCUCCACGAGUCACUCGUUAGCUUUAUUACUCUGCAAGUGAAAGCCGCCAAAAAGAACCUACAAGCGUGGACGCAGAUUAAGGAAUGCCUUCAAAACAUGCCGUAGACUCCACCAAGGAGUUUUUAUACCAAAUGUACCUACUGUGCGUUAGUCUUAAUACUUUUCUAUCUCACUUUGUAAGUUGAACUUUUGUCACUUUGAAAUUGAGCAAGGAAAUACCGACUGUAGAUCGCACCACGUAAAUUUGCAAUUCUGAAGUUAGCCAUUUGACGCAUUACGCAUGUGCAAAAGUGUUUUCAUCAUUGGAAUAUUUUGAAACCAAUUGUGUCCAACUUCGGAUACCUAACCAAAACUGUCGGCAGUAUGCGUAAGGAGUCCAAUGGCUAACUUCAGAAUUGAAAAGUUGCGCGAACUAUACAAAAAUUACAUUCGUAAAAAAUUUAGGCAGACGGCAAAUAACGCCAUAAAUAACCAAUCUUACGUCCGAACUGUAACAUUGAGUUGCAGAUGUCAGACCGCUAAUUCGACCAAUGGGCAUCAAGUAGUCUUUUUAGGCUGGUUAUGGUUAAUAGGUGUAACUGGGUCUUUGGAUCGUACUAU